CACAUAAUCUCGGUUUGUUGUUGUGCAUCGAUUAAAAAGAAAACAAGUUACACGGAAAAGGAGAAGCAAAGAAAAAGCCCAAGAAAAAAGAAAGGACAUGCCAUUGUUCUUCUGGGUUGCUGGUGAUCGCACUUCUCAUGGAGUGAAGAGCAAAGGAGGGAGGGAGAGAGAUAGACAGAGGCAAUGGAAACCCUAACCCUAGGGUUACAUCAACAGGAAAAACCUAUUUGGAAGAAGACCCCAAAUCUGAAAAUUUGGGGGGGAGAGAGAGAGAGAGGAGUUGGUUCCGGGAAAGAAGGGGGAUAGAGAGAUGGCCAUGGUGGUGGUAGGGGAGGAAACUGUUGUAUUGAGGGGGAACAGUGAAUGGCACAAACUCUUUUGGGAGACAUGUCAAUGAAAAUGGUUCAUCAUCAUCUCCUUGUUUCAAGUACGUACAAAUUAACUCCCCAUACAUACACUCCCUAGCUAGCUUCCACUGUUUCUCUCCUUCCUACGAUUUUAAGACUACCCUUAUUUUAUCUGGUCUCUAGCUAGCUUCUGCUGCCUGCUCAUCUUCUGCAUAUCAGCUUGAGAGAGGGAGAGAGAUGGGGUGGGUUACCCUGUUUUUUAGGGCUUUAUAUAUUUGUUCAUCUGCUUAGAGGGUAAAUCUGUGCCAUUUCUCUUUCCUGUUCUUGUGUCUCAGCUAAAGAGAUGGAGGAGUAGACGUCAAUGGCGGAGAGUAGUGAGAAGAAGUGAGAAGGUAUCUGCUGCUGCAACAGCUAGGCUUCACCCUUCCCUUCUCCACAAAUUUGCUUGGUCUUCCAUCCUAGCUUUUUUUUUUUUUUUUUUUUUUCUGUCAGAGAUGUAGAUGAUGGGUUUGGUAAUAGGGCUUCUUUCCUUUCUCCAGAACACAGACAAGUAGCAAGAAAGAAAGAAGAGGGUUCUGUUUUGGAGGGGUGAAAAAGUGGGAGAAGAAAACAGGGAAAGUGAGGAGCAGUAAAAAGGGUUAAAAAAGUGAAUAGCUAGAGAAGAUAAAAAAGAGAGAGAGGAUGUUUUCGUCAACAAGUGAUCCCUUUUCAUAUUCACCUUACAAUAAUAAUAAUAAUUCCACCAAUCCUCCUCCACCUCACAAUAUUGCUGCUGGUGGUAGUGAUCCGCUUCAGCAGCAGCAGCAGCACCUGCCCUGUUGUUCCUCACCCACUCAAAAUCUGCAAUCUCCCAGCCUCCUCAUGAUGUUUGACCAUGAUCAUCAGUAUAUGUUCACCACCAACAGCAGCACCACUAGUAGUAGCUUCCUCUGUCCUGAUCCCUACCCUUCCAACAACAACAACAAUAGCAACCCAGUCACCAAUUUCCCAUUCUUGUUGCCCACAGAUCACCCUUACUAUCCCAACAGCCAUCAUCUUGUUGAUGGAAUCCCAGCUGAAAACUACAACAAUGCACUAACUAUGCAGCAGCAGCAGCAGCAGCACAAGAGGAAUAGUAGUAGCAGUAGUAGUGGCAAUAAGAACAAGGAGAGGCACAGCAAGAUAGAGACAGCGGGCGGGGUGAGGGACAGAAGGGUGCGGCUUUCCAUAGCCACCUCCAGGAAGUUCUUCGAUCUGCAGGACAUGCUUGGCUUCGACAAGCCUUCCAAGACCCUCGACUGGCUCCUCUCCAACUCCGCGGCGGCCAUCCAACGCCUCCACAUCACCUCUCACCCUCACCCUCUUUACAACAACACCAACACUGCUCCUCCUCCUGCAGCCACAGAGGAGGUGGAGGAGACAAGUGUUAGUAGGAGGGCCAAGGCAAGGGCAAGAGCCAGGGACAGAACCACCACCACCUCCAGAUCCAAGCAGCUCACACCUCAGACUACAAAACCAAUAUUGCCACUGCCUUCUCCACAUCAAUACUACCACUACCAGAACAACAACAACAACAAUUCUAGUACUAGCACUUGCAACAAUUUCGGGGUUCUGUAUCAACAACAACAACAACCAUACCUUUCCGGCAUAGCCAUUGGUGUUGGCUCAAGCUACUCGACGGAAAUGAUCCACACAGCACUAACAACAACCAGAUCUACUACUACUACUGCUACCAACGACGAUGGGCAUUCGUCAUUAAGGUUGAUGAAGUGCGAGCUGCUCAAGCCACCGCCACAAUCCACAAUCAAGCAUCAAACACCGCAUAAUGUUCAUCACAAGACUACUACAGCAACUUGGGACAGGAUGACCGAUGCUCCAACGGGAAUGCAAAUGUCUUGGGAGGGAGACCUAAACAACAGCGUCGUCCACUUCAGCAACCCGCCGGCAAGAUUUCACUAAUCUUACCCCCCUCUCUCUCUCUCUCCCUCGUAGUAAGAUCUAAAUAUGGGGUAUGUUGUAUAAUCCACAAACUGUAUUUUAAUGAAUGUAUUGAUCUAUUAACUCUGUUACUAGAUUCACUAUUUUCUCUGCCAUUAGUAGCCCGAUAGCCAGCCAGGAGUCAGACAAACAUUCUCCUGGGUAAACCCAUGCAGCUGCAGCAUCAAUGGUGUUACUAAUUUUGAGUGUCUUCUGGUAUAAGAUGGUUUUUUCUUGCGUAUUUCUGUUGCACUAGCUACUAAUGAAUUUUGGAAGGUGAU